CAGUCCCCUACAACUGUCAUGCUGACGCCACCGAAACGAGGCUGUUUAAUAAUAAAAGACUAAGAAGUGGCAAGUCUAGCUGUUGUUUUUGUUCAAGGAAAAGCACCUGGAUUGGUUUGAAAUAUGGGACAAAAUCAAUCAGGACCAGGCAAUAGGGACAAGAAGAAAGACGACAAGGACAAGAAGAAAAAGUAUGAACCUCCUAUCCCUACAAGAGUUGGAAAAAAGGCGAAAAAACAUAGAGGACCAGAUGCUUCCAAUAAACUUCCACAAGUAACACCACACAGAAACUGUCGCCUAAAGUUGUUGAAAAUGGAAAGGAUCAAGGAUUACUUACUAAUGGAAGAAGAAUUUAUACAAAAUCAAGAACGAUUAAAACCACAGGAAGAAAAACACGAGGAAGAAAGAAGCAAAGUUGACGAUCUUCGAGGCACACCUAUGUCUGUUGGUUCGCUGGAAGAAAUAAUAGACGACAAUCAUGCCAUCGUUUCAACGUCUGUCGGCUCCGAACAUUACGUCAGUAUUUUAUCGUUUGUAGACAAAGACUUGUUGGAGCCUGGGUGUUCAGUGCUUCUCAAUCACAAGGUGCACGCAGUUGUUGGGGUUUUGGGCGACGACACGGAUCCAAUGGUCAGUGUAAUGAAACUAGACAAAGCACCACAAGAAUCGUACGCUGAUAUAGGAGGCUUGGACAAACAAAUACAGGAAAUAAAAGAAUCUGUGGAACUCCCGUUAACACAUCCAGAAUUAUACGAAGAAAUGGGAAUCAAACCUCCGAAAGGAGUAAUUUUAUACGGAGCGCCUGGAACUGGAAAGACUCUGCUCGCAAAAGCUGUAGCAAAUCAAACGUCAGCUACAUUUCUACGUGUUGUUGGCUCAGAACUUAUACAAAAAUAUUUAGGUGAUGGUCCAAAGUUGGUCCGUGAAUUAUUUCGUGUAGCAGAAGAACAAGCACCGUCUAUAGUGUUUAUUGAUGAAAUCGAUGCAGUUGGAACUAAAAGAUACGAAUCAAACUCUGGCGGAGAGCGUGAAAUUCAACGAACUAUGUUAGAACUUUUAAAUCAACUGGACGGUUUCGAUUCGAGGGGAGAUGUAAAAGUUAUAAUGGCAACAAAUAGAAUUGACUCUCUCGACCCUGCGUUAAUUCGGCCUGGUCGUAUCGAUCGUAAAAUCGAAUUUCCUCUACCUGAUCAGAAAACUAAACGACGUAUAUUUAACAUUCAUACCGACCGCAUGACGUUAGCUGAUGACGUCGAUUUAGAAGAAUAUAUCCUCGCCAAAGACGAUCUGUCGGGUGCCGACAUUAAGGCAAUAUGUACGGAAGCCGGUUUGUUGGCCUUGCGUGAACGUCGAAUGAAAGUGACGAAUGAAGAUUUUAAGAAAGCUAAGGAGAAUGUGUUAUACCGAAAACAAGAAGGAACUCCUGAAGGGUUAUAUCUGUAAAGAUUAAAAUUACUAUUGAGUAGAAAUCGAUGAAUAUUGUCUACAACAACAUGUGUCAAUAUUAACUAUGAUGUCCUGUUUGGAAGAUAUUUUAAAUAUUUUUUAAGAAUAUCGUAUAUUCAAAUCCACUAGA